AUGGAUGAUAAGUUUAAUACAACAUAUAUAACCUUUGAUGGUUAUGUACAAAUUCACAAAUACAGGUAUCUCUAUUUUAUACUGAUGGUUACACUUUAUGUUUUAAUAAUCUGCACUAAUUCCACUAUUGUGUACCUGAUCUGGAUUCACCAAAACCUUCAUGAGCCGAUGUACAUUUUCAUUGCAGCUUUGUCAAUGAAUUCUGUUUUAUUCAGCAAUGUCAUUUACCCAAAAAUCUUUGUUGAUGUUUUGUCAGAGAGACAGAUCAUACCUUACUCAGCUUGUCUGUUUCAGUGGUUUUUAUGCUAUUCUUUAGGUCUUUCAGAUGUCUCAAUAUUGGCAGUGAUGGCCUAUGACAGAUAUGUGUCUAUAUGCAAACCUCUACAACAUCCACUUAUCAUGAAGAAAUCCACCGUCACUGUUUUACUGCUUUCAGCUUGGCUUGUGCCUGCUUGUCACAUGCUGGUUAUAAUAGCGCUGAGUGCAGACAGAAAACUCUGUAGCUUCAGUCUGAAUGGCAUUUAUUGCAAUAAUUCAGUUUUCAAACUUCAAUGUGUGAGUUCAAGAGUGCUGUCUGUGUUUGGUGUGGUUACUUUGAUGAAUGGGGUCAUUUUUCCUCUUCUCUACAUACUUUUCACUUACGCAAAGAUAAUUAAAGUAACCUACAAAAGCAGGGGAGAUGUCAGGAAAAAGGCUGCAGAGACUUGUAUUCCUCACCUGCUGAUUUUAAUCAGCUGCACUUCUCUGGCUGUAUAUGAGACCACCAUAGCGAGAGUGGAAUCAGAUUUUUCAAAAACGGCACGUUUGAGUUUACAAGCUGCUUUGUAUCAGCCUCUAAUCAAUCCAAUUAUAUAUGGACUAAAAAUGAAAGAAAUCUUUAAACAUAUCAAGAAGAUGUUCUGCUCUGUUAAAGUGAAAUAA